AUGCCCCCCUUCGCGUCGGGCCCCGUGCCCGCUCUGGCCCUCUCGCCCUGCGGCACGCGCGUCGUCGCGGCUGCGGCGCACGACCACAUCUCUCUCCUCACUCUGCCUGCGUCCCCCUCCGCCCCCCUGACCAGCCUCGCGCUUCCGCCCGCGCCCGCGCUCUUCCCCGUGCUGUCUGUCACAGCCCUGUGCUUCCCGUCGUCCUCGGCCGUGUACACCGCCGACGCGCGCGGCUCGUUCAAGCGCCUCGCCGCCUCGGACGGCCUCGCCGAGCAGUACACCGUCGCCGCCGCCCAUUCCGGCGACGAGCUCACGGCCAUCGCCGCCCUUUCCGACUCCUCGCCGGUCGCCACGUCGGGCAAGGACGGUGCCGUGCGCCUUUGGGACCCGGAGACGCGCCAGUCCAUCGCCAGGCUCACGGGGCAUCGCUACGAGGUGCGCGACGUCGCCGUCGCCUCUUCGAGCGACUCUGCGGGCGCCGCCGUCACCGUCGUCGCCUCGGCGGGCCGCGACAAGACCGUCCGCCUGUGGGACGUGCGCGCAAGCUCCGGAAAGGAGGUCCACUGCUUGCGUGGCCACGCCGGCUGGGUCCAUGCCGUCGCAUUGGGCAACGCCCCUGGGGGGCCGAUCGCUCUCAGUUGCGGAGGUGAUAAGACAGUCAGGGUUUGGGAUCUCACUGCUAUGAAGGAGCGCAUGGUUAUGCGCGGGCAUGAGUAUCGCGUGUGGGGCCUGGCCUUGGCGAGUGAUGCGGCCUUUGCGAUUACGGGCUCUACGGAUGCCACUGUUAGGGCGUGGAACCUGGGAGAGGGUGAGGGCGCGGGCGACUGUCAUGUGUAUGAGGGGCAUACCGACUCGGUACUGAGUGUGGAUGUUGCCAGGAAUGGCGUGUUUGCUGUUUCCGGGUGUGAGGAUGGCGCCUUGUUUAUGUGGGAUUGUGCUACGCUGUUUGGGAGGGACGCGAAGAAGGAGGUGCACACGGAAACGCUUAUUGAUGUCGCGCCUGUUCCGAAGCUCGUCGAGAAGGAGGCCGUCACGAAGAGCGUUAUAGCACCGAAGCAACUCGAUACGGAACCUUUGAUUGUAGAAAAGCAGAUGCCGGAGGAGAAGCUGCCUGUGCUUCGUGAAACAAAAAUCGCUUCCCCGUUCAGAGUCUCGACAACGCCGGCCUUUACUGCUUCCCCUCGCAGAGCUCCCAUAACAUUGGUUUCUGAUGCAAUACCAGACACGGGUAUGACAACCGAUGGGUUGAAGGCCGCUGCUUCCGUCACUGUUGACCAGGAACCCAAAUUUGACAAGUCCGCCGCAGAGCUUGUAAACGCUUUGAGACGAAUCAAGGACUUGGAAACAGCGCUUGCCGAAUCCAAGGAACAGCUGGAGAGCCGGAACAGGGAAAUAGCUUCACUGAAGAAGAGCACACUCGAGAAGGACAAUGAGCUGUCUCUUCUUCAACGACAAAUCGAUUCUUCGAAGAAUCUUAUCAACGCUGCCAAUGUACGGGCAAUCCUGGCUGCAAACCCGAGAAAGGUAGACGAAAGCCUUGACUACGAGGAACCUGUUAACAAGAUCGGCGCGGUUUCGGACAAGCUUAGCGCCCUCGUGGCAAGACUGGAUGCAAUGGUGGCCACACAUUAAUUGUGACAAUGCCCUGCAGCAGAAGAGCUCCGUUUAACUGAGUAUUGUAAGAAAGCAUCUGGCGAGGGAGGGGAAUGGGGUGCAGUACUCUUAUGCCUUUAUAUAUAUUAAUCAACAAUCACUACAAUGGAUACACUUUUUGACUCAGACUCUAAAAGAGAUAGCAAUUUUCC